AUGGCAAAAAAAGGGAAAAAAAUUAAAAAAUCCUCGACUAGUGAGGAUGGGGAGUCGUCUUCUGAUGACUUGGAAAAAGGGGCCUUCGAUACUUCCACACAGAAUUGCUGCAUCUAUAGUGUUCCCAAGGCACUCGUCGAGAUCAGCGGCGAAAAAUGGUUCGAGCCCCGCGUCGUCUCCAUCGGGCACUACAACUGCAAGAACGACGCGAAACACAAACGCCUCCAAGUGAUACAAAAUCACAAGCAGGAGUUCUGUAGCAAUAUUCUACAGCCCCACCCCAAAAAACGCAUGGAAGAAUUGAUGGAAAUCAUACUUCCAGAAGUUCAAAAGAUCGAGCUCAUGUCCGAGAAGAUCAACGAUCCCGAAUUCCUCAAAAUGCUGGUUCUUGAUGGUUGUUUUAUAUUAGAAUUGUUUCGAGUACUUGGAAAAUUGGAAAAGGACGCGUCUAAUCACCCUCUCGCUUCCGUGGCAUGGGCAAUACCACAGUUCUACGGGGAUCUUCUUCUGCUUGAGAAUCAGAUCCCCUUUGUUGUUCUGAAAAAGUUAUUUGAAACUUCGAAAAUGCCUGAUGAGGACUAUCCUUUGUCCUUGCUUGCUUUGAGAUUCUUUAACAAGGUAAUGCGCAGAUCCGAAGACGAUCUCGAAAAGAUGAGCAAUAAUCUCAAUGACAGCUUGCAUUUGCUGGACUUAGUUCGGGGAAGUUUUAUCACCCCCGAUCUAGAUCAGCCACCAGAGGAGAAAAAACCAGUACCGGUGAUAUACUGCAUCACGAAGCUCCUCAAAGCGGGGAUUAAGAUCAAACUGCGUGAGGCGGCCGACAACUUCUUGGCUGUGAAAUUCAACGAGGACAACGGAGUGAUUGAGAUGCCCAAAAUAACUGUCGACUACUUCAUGCACUCUUUCGUGGUGAACUGUCGGGCAUUCGAGCAGUUGGACAACAAAAGCUCUAAGCACAUUGUUGUACCAAAACCAUCCAGAAACACACUCAAACACAAGAUAGAGACAAUAUGUAAGUGGUUCGGCAACUUGCCUACAUCCACUGUAACGGAAACAAUAUAUUUCGAAAUUUCUUCAAAAUAUACAAACUCUAACAAAACUAUCUCUACACUGCAUUCUUUGGAUUUCCACACACAUUUCGUUUACAACUGA